AUGGGGAGAUCUAGCGGCAAGAGCUUGGUGCUGGGGCUCGCAUUGGUGCUGCUCGUAGCCAUGGCGGGAGGAGCCAAGGCCACGACCGUGUGCAAUAUCCCAACCGACAAACUAGCCUCGUGCCUCCCGGCCGUCACGGGCGACCACCCCACCCCGCCAACCGAGCAAUGCUGCAAGGCAAUCUCCAAAGCGGACAUGCAGUGCCUCUGCCGCUACAGGUCCGUGCUGCCGAACUUCGGGAUAAACCCCGCCAACGCCAUGGCAUUGCCCGAGAAAUGCGGCCUCAAAGCGCCCCCGAAGUGCCCCAACAACUAA